ACGGCCGGCUGAAGAUGGCGGGGUGUUGUUAGUUUUUGAGUCCUGCGAAGAUGGUCUUUGAGUCUGCCCGCGUCUCCAUUUAUCUGUGGUCUGUGAGGCCUUGUUUGCCUAGAUUUGUAUUUAUUUUGUUUGACAAUGUAUACGUGGCUAUUCGGGCUAACGAGGAGAGUUUUCAGAUGAAAAACGUGGCGGGGAACUGACGGAGAGAGAAAUGUGGGCCCUGCGGAUCCCGCACUCCGCUCUGAUUGGGGAGGUAAGCUGGCGCCUGGUCUGUUCGGCUUCCCCUUGUAGUUUUAGAAUGGCUUUGAUCAAGAGGCUUCUUUCUUGGUCUUCUGAAUGACCAAAUUUGCUUAGCUGUUAGAGAAAUUAAAGGAUCGUCCAUGAAUAAUUUAAAUGACCCUCCUAAUUGGAACAUCCAGCCCAAUGCCAGGGAUGAUGGAGGCCAUGGAAGCAAAUGGAAUUAUGCUUUGUUGGUUCCAAUGCUGGGGCUGGCUGCCUUCCGGUGGAUCUGGUCCAGAGAGUGUCAGAAAGAGAUAGAAAGAGAGAAAAAAGACAUGUAUAGAAAGCUAUCAUUAGUACAAAGAGAACUUGAGUCUAAAUAUCGUGAUAUAAUCACAGAAAACCGCCGUACAGUUGCCCACUUAGAGCUGGAACUAGAAAAGGAACAGAACAGAACACUAAGUUAUCGUGAAGCCCUCGUCUCCCAGAGUCGUAAACUGGUAGAAGAAAGGAGGACUCUGGAACAAGAACGUGCAAAACUGGAGCAAGAAAAGCGGAUUCUGCAGAAUUCUGGAGCUGCUGGUGCUUUGUAUCAGAAUUGCCUGGAGAAGGAAGAGCAGUGGCGCAAGAAUGCUACCUUCCUAAUAAAAGAAUUUGAAAAGGCACUUACAGAAAGGCAGGACAUCUACUGCAGCUUAGUACUGCCAAGACAGCGGCGACUAGAAAUUGAGAAAAACUUGCUGGUUAGAGCAGCAACUGACCCAGUUGCUUUGGAUCUGGAAAUGGAAGCUGGCUUAAAAGAAAUCUUCCGAUACGAUACCUAUUGCAGCAAUUUGCUAAACACCAAUAAACGUCAGAAUGGAAGGCUAAUGUGGCUUUAUCUCCGAUACUGGGAAUUAUCUGUUGAGCUGAAAAAAUUCAAGAGGGUGGAGAAGGUUAUGUUGGGAAGUGGUGACUAAAAGAUGUGGCCAUGCAUACAUUACAGGUUAUCGGAUAUGGGUUAUUUCCUCUGGUAUGUAUAUUAGUCUUCCCUCUUCACUGUCACAUUUGUGUGUCUUCACCUGAGACAAUAUGUGAUCAGUGCCUCUUCUUCUGACUGGCCAAGACACAUGCCACUUGAGUAGAACCACAGUGCUCUGUGCAUGGAGUGACUUCUGACUUGACUUUGCCAGGGUACUCGGCUAAAGGAGAAGACUUCAACUUGCAAGACAAAGCAACUUGCAAAGGCAACCCUUUUUCUGGACAAAAUCUUCCCACAUUUCUUGAAAAUGACUACUGUCAAAUUGAGGGGGAAUGGCUACAGCAUUAAGACUGAGAAAUAUGAGAGCCAGCGUGGUGUAGUGGUAGAGUACUGGACUAGGACCGGGGAGACCCGAGUUCAAGUCCCCAUUCAGCCAUAAAACUAGCUGGGUGACUCUGGGCCAGUCACUUCUCUCUCAGCCUAACCUACUUCACAGGGUUGUUGUGAGGAGAAACCUAAGUAUGUAGUACUCAGGGCGCCUUGGAGGAAGAGUGGGGUAUAAAAUGUUGAUGAUAAUAAUAAAUACCUCUGCCAGUGUACAAUCAAGCUUUAAAAUAAGUUGUUUCUGAUCUGAAUUAGGCUAGAUUUAAUGGCAGUAGUGGCCGGGGGUGGCGAGAGGCACCUUUCAGCAUAAAUUAGUAGGUGUUUACCUCCACUCCGGCCACACCAGCACUCUCUGCUGCUCACCUGGCCGCUGCCAGAGGAUCGACUCCACAGAAGCAGGUAAGUGGUGGAGCCAACCCCCCUUCCCCCCUCCCCCCCGGGAGUGCCAGGCGGUGCACUGCUGCUCAGAGCAGCUUGCAAGUGUGGCGGGAGUGGAGGUAAGCACUUACUUAUGUAGGCUUUAAAGCGUCUCUUGCCAUCCCCACCCCACCCAGCGGUGCCCGCACCAGCCACUGCUGCUUAAUGGGUAGCCUACAGUGUCGUACCUCUCUAAACAGAAGAAGUUCCACUUGUGAGGGGGAGUGACUUUCACCAACUCCCUCCCUUCUGUGCCUCCGAAAAUGAGGAUUGGGGAACCCUUGGAAGCAGAUUUUUGGGAUACACGGAAUAAAAGGGGGAGUGGAUCAGUUAAAAUCAUUCCUCCCCACCCCCAAACUACAUGAGUGGAACUUCUGUUAAUGGAAGUAUUAUUCUGGCUGCUACCCAAUGCUUGCAAAUAGCACUUGACUGAUUGUGUAGCUGGGCUGGGAAUAGCCAGUUGAUACUAACUGGGAAAAAGCUGCAAGAAGUAUGGGAUCAGGGUUUAAUUUGAACCAGGAAUCGAUCCUCUUGUGCUCUGACAUGAAAAAUUGGUUUGACCUUGCAGCAUGAGAAGUAAUCAGGAAGAUAGUGCCCCAAGCAAGUGACGAGUGCCUUUAUCACUGGAGCAACCACAAGCCCCCAUAUGUCUAGGAUGAGGGGAAGGCUUUCCAGCCAAGAAGGUGCCUAUCAGGCAGGCUUGAAUCCUGGCACCUUUUUUUUUUUUUAAAAAAAUAAGCAUUGCAUCUGAACUUCCUGCCUGAAUUUAAAGUGGAUGUGAUUGGUGCCACAUGUCAUUCAGUGUAGGUUUGUAAAUAGCCAGAUAUUGUAAAUAGCAAAGUAAGAGUCUCCUGGUGAGCAGGCAGGGAAGAGUUGUGGGGUGGGCAGGGAGAGGAGUUCAGUCUAUUGACAUGCUGCAAAUGACAUAGAUGUGUGUGGGCAGCUGGCUAGUAAAUGUGUUUUUAUGGACUGGUAACCUGUUGUGGAUUUAUUUGCAAGGCUAAUUUAAGACAUUUCAUGUAAGGGGAAAAUUGCUUGUUUGCCAUUUCAUGUAUAGUUGAAGAUGAAAUCAUGUAAUACUGGCACCUAUUAGCUAUAAGUUUCACUUUAACUGAUUUUAAAUUUCAGUUAUACACCUCUCUAUCAUUAGACAUGUACACAAAAAGUCUAGUAGAGAUGUCUCAGUACAUACUCCUAGAGAAUUGUCUUGAGGUUACAUUUGGGGAAAGCUACUCUGCAUGCAUGCAUCCAUUUUUGGAAACCAUCUUUUCCAUUUCAGAUCUGAUGGUACAUUUGUCUUCUCACAGAUGGUCUGAAGCAGUAUUUUAGAUUUUAAAAAAUUCAUAUGGAGUUUACUAGGAUUCUGAUUUAAAUUAAAAAAUCAAAUGUACUUGGGUUUAGAUUGAACUUUUUUCUUCCCAAAACAUCUAGGCCUAGAAUCACUUGCCCUCUUUCUAAUGAAAGAAUCUAGGACUGCUCAGCUGAUCUGUGCUGCCAAGGUGUCAUCCACAAAACACAUGUACUAUCUACAGGAGAUGAACUUCUCAUUAUGCUAUGAGAUGCCACAUAUAAAUUGUAUUUGUUGGCAAUAGUGAAAAUCUACCAUCUCUGCCCGGCUGAGAACACUUUUGCUGAUACAUGACAAAUCCUGUUUUUUUCAGUAUAGAGCUGCUAAAUGCAUUGUCUUGUCGCCCUCAAGCUAUCCUUGCUCUCCAGCCUCACAGACCAGCCUAGGAUAGGUGUACAAUUAUGACUCUCUCUUUUACUCGCUUUCAUCCCUCAUCUCUCUGCCUGCCCUACUAUGAUAAGAUCUGCUCAAGUUUGUAUUGGUUGGUAUUUGGUAUUAUUCUUAAGGACCAGCAUCCUGUAGUUGAGAACUGACUUGAUCUGGAUAGUGGUUCCAUCAUUCAUAAGUAGUGGGUUCUGCGCCUGCGCAGAGAAUUCGUUUGCUCCUCACGACGCCAACCGCCUACUGCACAUGACUGCAGUACCCUCUAGUGGCGGUUAGGCGUCUCAACGUUCAGUUUCUUUCUGACUGCCAUAGCGAUCAGUGUUCAGAGACUGUUUGCUCCUCAUGUGGAAAGUUUGUAAUUUGUUCUAAAGGUUUUUGGACUUCUGGUUACGGCUUUGGACUAUUCUCACAGACUUCCCUCGGUUUUUGCGUUACUUUGGACUCUGAUUUGAACUUUGGAACAUUUUUUACUACUCUUUCUCUAACUCCUUCGGAUUUGACCGCGAUCUCGGAACUCCCCCCUCGACCUAGGAACAGAGCAACUACUGUUUUUCUCGAAAGGAGCAGCCAGGGAAGCCUGGUAAGGUGAGUAAUUCUGGCAAGACUACCUUUAAAUGGUGUACUAAUUGCCGCGGAAAGAUUCCCUCAACAGAUGGUCAUACUCUGUCUGUUUUGCCUAGGGGAGUCGCAUGAUAUGAAAUCCUGCUCCGUCUGUGUAACUUUUAGUAAACAGACUUUAAAGAAUCGUGCUGCACAUCUAAAAGUGUUUUUGUUGGAGCAGGCUUUGCUGCCUAAAAAACCUGCCCCGGUGACUUUGGCUGCGGGUCUGGUGUCGAGUACACAAUCUAAGGACCUUGGAAAGUCGAAUAAAAUCUCGACGUCUGCCACUUUGCCAUCUGCCGCUUCGACAUCGAGGGCCACGGCGUUGAGUAUUUUGGCAUUGGACCCUUCAGGAACCUUUAAGUGUCCAGAGGAGCGCUGGUGUGGUCAGAAAAGGAAGCACAAGGAGAAUUCUUCAGCACACGGAUCUACCCACAAGAAGUCUAAACAUAAGCAUUGGGAUCAGGCUGUGGAACUUACUCCUUCUCCCUCAGGACUACAGGACUAUGUGAUCCCUCGGCGUCGAGCAGCUUCCCUAUCUCCGGCUCCGAUGCCCUAUCAUUCACCACUGACUUCUGUGCCCAGAGUGCACACCGUUCAGCAUCGUGACCAGUCAACAUUGAAGACAUCCCGGCAGGAGUCUGGAGGUCACUCUUCAGAAUCGAGGACUCUACCUCAAGACGAUGUUGCAGUGACCGCUAGCGCGGCUCUCCCAUCGUCGUCAAGGACGACAGCGUUGGAGUAGACGGUCGCCAUCAUUUUGGAUACAGAGCUCGACGCAGACCCCGAUGUCGAACUCGAAAUCGAGGAUGAUGCUGUAGCUGUGGAUCCUAUUGUUAUAGAAGAAAUUAUUACAGAGCUGUCCCCAGCGACACCUGGCAAUGUGGAGGAGCGUGAUGCUAGUCGCCUAAACCAGAUGCUGCUUUCUGAGGAAAGUACACCCUCUGCAGGAACCUUUACAGGAUUUCAGGAGAUUGACUACCUCCCUGGGCCAGUACUCAGGACUCCAAUACCCAAGACACCAUCCUUUUCAGCUAGGGGCACACCAGUCACUGGACUCUUACCCAGUGCUGGUUGGGAUGACUUGGUUCGCCUGUCAGGCAGAGAUUACGUUUUGUUUAGGGAGUGGUUGUGAGAGAAAGAACAGACCCUCAGGGUCAAGAAGGAGACAGCUGUCCAGACAGCUUUCACACCUGUGCAGCGUGUGGAGAUGGCAGUUCAGGCUACAGCACCAUUGCCACGACGGCAUACCGUUUCUUUGCAAGCUAAUGUGCCACGGCCUCAGCCGCCUCUUGCACCCACACCACCCCAGUUGGCAACACAGACAACACGUGCUCUUAUAUCGACUGCUGUGGGCAACUCACCUGCACCCUCGGAUGACGGUGAUGUUGAGAAGGAGGAGGAUGGCUAUACCUCUGAUUCAACUGCGCCUGAUCCGGACGAUCCCAAGGCUUUACCUGAUCCUGAUUCGGAUGUUGCGGCUGUUCCAUCAACGUCGCCUAAUGAGGAGAUGAAGGGCAACCAUCAGCAGAUAGCUGAGAUGGCUCAGAUUUUGGGUCUAUCAUUGAAAGAAAAGACCACUGACCUGGAGGACCCGGUUUAUAAUAUCCAUCCAUCCAUCCACUUUAUUACGGCCAAAUAACAGUUUAUAAUAUGAUGCGAGCUGGUUUGAAACCAGUCUAUCUGCCUAUGCUGCCUCAUAUCACCAGGGCGGCGAAAUCAGCGUGGGAGGUGCUCCAGACUUCAGCGCCCACCUCAAAAUGCUUAGAGGCUCUGUAUCGUAUCCAAGAGGAGGAGAAUGCUUAUCUGGUGCGUCACCCUACUCCCAACUCUUUGGUGGUGGACUGUGCUAUGACUUCUAUGGAUGGCAAGAGGCACACCACACUUGCGGACAAGGAGGGCCGUAAGCUGGACGUUCUGGGGAGGCGCACGUAUUCGAUGGCGUGUUUGUCCAUCAAGAUUGCCAACUAUGUAGACUGUCAAGUGAGGUAUACGCAUUUCCUCUGGGAGGCAUUGUUAGAUCAACGUGCUAAGCUGGAACCAGGUGAGUUUGUGAAGAAAUUUGAGUCUGUUUUUGCAAAAUCUACAGCGGCUACCUGUCAGCAGUUGGCUAAUGCCAAGCAUUUGGCUGAGUCUGAAUCCCACACGUUGAUGUCAUCCAUAAUUCUGAGGAGGCAUGUUUGGCUGCGCGCUACAGGUCUCCAGCAAGAUAUGUGCAGUCGCAUUGAGACUCUUCCUUUUGACGGAGUGGGCUUGUUUUCAGACAAGACAGACGACAUGGAGCAAUGGAAAAAAUCACAGGUCACCGCGGACCAAUGGAUCUUACGCAUAGUCACGAUGGGCUAUGCGCUAGAGUUUGAGGAGUAUCCUCCGUUUCUGGGCGUGAAGUACACUCCGGAAACCCCAGUCUUGAGGGAGGAGGUACAGAAGCUUUUGAUGAAGGAGGCGAUAUCGCCGGUCCAGUGGGCUCUCAGCCAGUCAGGAUUUUAUUCCUGUUAUUUUCAAGUUCCCAAGACCAAUUAUGGAUCUCCGGGGCCUGAACCAAUACAUCAAGGUACAAAAAUUCAGGAUGACAACAUUGCAAGCCAUCCUUUCACUCCUCCACGGGGAGAAUCGGAUUGCAAUGCUCAACUUGAAAGAUGCAUACUCUUAUAUAGGCAUCCAAGAGAACUAUCGCAAGUAUCUCCGCUUCACCAUGGGAAACAAGAUAUAUCAAUACAACGUCCUACCCUUCAGCCUGGUCACCGCCCCACAGGUAUUCACGAAGUGUGUUGCAGUAAUAAUAGCCUAUCUCAGAACAAAGGGGCUGUCCAUUUAUCCAUAUCUAGACGACUGGCUGCUGAUGGCCGGUACACGGGAACAACUGCAAAAGGAUGUGCAUUUGGUGACGUCCUUGUUGGACGACCUGGGUGUGAGGAUCUGGGAGAAAUCCUUUCUUCAGCCUGCAAGACACCCCUGUUAUAUUGGGGCGCUGUUGGACAUGUCAGCCCAGAGGGUGUUUCUACCAAAGGAGUGGUUUACCCGCCUGAGGGUGCUUGUCCUUUUGUGCCAAGGGCAGCCGGUGCAAAAGGCAAGAACUGUUCAGGUGAUACUUGGUCUGAUGGCGUCUUGUACCACCACCGUAUUAUAUGCAAAGCUGCGAAUGCGCAAGCUGCAGCUUUGGUUUCUAAAAGCUUACAAGCUGAGACUAGAACUGCAAGGACCUCCAAGACCAAGGAAAGGUGGUUCACCCCAACUUAUCCAUGCUGAAUCUCACUGUAUGGAGGUUCGGCUGCUAAGGAGAAUUCUCAACACACAUAAGCUCACCAUGAGGCACAGCUAUCGAGCAAAAUGGCGUUGAUUUAAAGCACAAGCCACUUCUAGGGGAUUUGACCCCAAAGAAGCAAGCCUUAAGGCAGUUCUUCUCUACCUAACCUCUCUGAAACAAAGCGGCCUGGCAAAUGUCUCUAUAAAAGUGCAUAUGGCUGCUAUAUCGGCACACCAUGAUGGGUGGGACGGAAAGACAGUCUUCAUCCAUCCAAGAUGUAAGGACUUUCUGAGAGGCAUCAAUAAUCUAUACCCGCCAGUUAGACUGCCGGCUGAAAAGUGGAGUCUCUCUUUAGUGCUCUCGUCACUGACGGAAUUGCCCUUUGAACCACUGACAGCUGAUUCAUUGAAGCUCUUAACCCUGAAGACUCUCUUCUUGGUGGCCGUCACCUUAGCAAGGUAUGUGGGUGAGCUGCGUGCGCUCUGCAUAGAUGAGCCUUAUACAAAGUUCUAUCCAGAACGGGUUAUCAUGCAUUGUUUCAGAAAUUGUGUUGCCUACCUUUUUUCAGAGAACUAUCAACCGCGCUCGAGCGGGCAAUGCAUUCAUUGGAUGUUCGAAGGGCCCUGCUCUAUCUGAAGGCCACUAAGGAAAUUCGUAAGACACCACAGUUAGUUAUUGGCUUGCAAGGCAAAUUUAAGGGGUAUUCUCCUACUCGCCAGAAGUUGUCUUUCUGGUUAGUUGAACUGAUUAAGAUGGCAUACAACCAGCAAGGGGUCGGCACACCAGCUACCAUCAGGGCACACUCUACUAGGUAUUACGCCACGUCUGCAGCACAUCUAUCAGGCAUUUGAUUCAUGGAUAUCUGCACAGCAGCGACAUGGUCGUCUCGCCAGACGUUUGUAAAGCACUAUGCUGUGGAUCUGCGUACUGCUAGGGCUGCAGAUUUUGGACGGGAUGUCCUUAAGAGGGUGUUACAGUGACUUGCAGGGCUUACCCACCUCCUACUGGGUAGCUCGUAAUUCACUCACUACUUAUGAAUGAUGGAACCACUAUCUAGAUAAACAGGUUGCUUACCUGUAACAGAUAAUCUGGUAGUGGUUCCAUACAUUCAUAACACCCGCCCGUCCAUCCCUGCUGGCAAGCCACUGCACUCUUUUCAUCUUACACAAGAUACUAUGCCAACCAGACCUGGCUGCUAUGUCGGCCAUCUAUAAACUGAACAUUGAGAUGCCUAACCGCCACUAGAGGGUACUGCAGUCACGUGCAGUAGGCGGUUGGCAUCGCAAGGAGCUAAUGAAUUCUUCCCGAAGCUGAUCUACGCAGGUGCAGAACCCACUACUUAUGAAUGUAUGGAACCACUACCAGAUCAUCUGUUACAGGUAAGCAACCUGUUUGUCCUCUGGGAGACAGCCAACUACUGCUUUUUGUAAAUUUCUGUUCUCUAAUCUUAGUCUUUGUUCUUUUAAAAGCAAAAAAACAAAACCAUCUUGACUCCACUGUAGCCAUCUGGGUACCCUGAUGCUGUAUGUACCUGCAGCCAGCUUUCUGACUGCGUUAUAAAGUAUGGCUGUAUACAUGUUUGCCCCUAUUUCAUGCAAAAUACAUAGGAAAUCUGACUUUUUAAUUUGCUUAGUUAAAAAAGAAACAGUAUGUUGGUCUUCUGUUGCUGGUACUAAUGGGGGAAAACACUUCUUGAUAACUUGAUGUUCCACAUGGUUGUGUAGUAUGCUUACACAAAAGCCAAGUAGUUUGAAAAAGGACUUAAAUGCAGGUAGUAUUAGCAAAAUGAAGACUGGGGACUACUUCAAAAUCACUUUGAAACAUAGACGCCCAGACUUGCUAGUGACUUAUCCAUCUGUGCUUCGUCGUCCUUCAAAAUGUUUGCCUUGGCUAAUGAGUUGUCAUAAGACUCAGCCUUUUCAUAGGUGUUUGAUCAGAUUAAAUAAUCUGAAAACCUUGUCAGACUUAUGUUAAAUAACAGAAAUAUUUGUGAAAAUUCUUAAUGGUGAAAGCAGUUUGGCAAUGGAAGGGAGUUGUGGGCUUUCCUUUGCUAGAGUUGUUAUAGCAAUGCCUAUGCAGCCAUUCAUUGGGGAUGUUUCCAGCAUCAAGCUGGAGGCCAGGGGGAGGUGUUGCAAAAUAGCCUACAAGCAGUGUUCCCUUAAAGAGGGAUUCCCAGAUGUUGACUACAACUCCCAGAAUCCCCAGCUAUAAUUGUUUUGAUUGGGGAUUCUGGAAGUUGUAGUCAACAACAUCUGGGAAUCCCUGAUAGAGGGAACACUGCCUACAAGGUCUCUCUGUCUCUGUGAUUCUGUGAACUUCCCAGUGUGCCAGAACUUGCCAGAAGUGACUGGGUGCUCCACUGACUUGCUGUGUUUGUGGAGUUAUCCUUGUAGCUCUGUACUGGAGUGGACAGGCCCACUUUCUUUUUUACGAGAACAUAGGUCCAACAAAUGGAUGGCAGGUAUAAGAGUAGCUUGUUGGAUAGACUUAAAAUUAAGAAGCAGGAUGGCAGAGGCUUAAUCCAGGAAUCUGCUCAAGACCAGAAUUGAACCCACAGCUAUUGUCACUUUCUUUCAGCAGUCUAAUUUAAGGUGUGGGGGAAGCCUUCUUGUUGCUGUUAACAAAUUGUCCAGAGAACUAGUAGAUCUCAACCUGCCUGCUUCUGCUUUAGAUCUUUAUUGUAGGCUCUGGGCCUAGGCUGUGAUCCAGAAAGUAAUUGCAUGAGUUGACACUGAUGCAGUUGCUGGUCUGCAUUCGUAGACUUCCAGGCCUAGAUCAGUCCAUGGCUCGAGGAAUUCUCCAUAUCAUUAUGAUCCCAGAGCUAUCUCUACUCAACCUCCAGAACAUCAGUACUUCCUGGCUGGUGUGGGUGGGUGAGUGGUUUGCCAUCUGUCUUCAUGUGCCUUCCAGCACAUAGGAAGCUGCCUUUAUCCCAAGCCAAACCAUUGGUCCACCUAGCUCAGUAUUGUCUGCUCUCACUGGCAGCAUCUCUCCAGUUUCAGGUGAGAGUCUUUCCCAACCCUCCCUGGAGAUGCCAGAGAUUGAACCCAGGACCUUGUGUGUGCAAAACAGAUGCUCUACCACUGAGCUUAAUGAGAACUCACAAUACUUGAGCAUCUUUUUUUUUUUCCCUUCAACCUUUUUUUUCAACAACCUUUUUUGAGUAUGCAAACCAAGCUUCUUUGCACCUCUUAUUCUGUUGUACAGGAGUUAUCUAGAUAUAGGAAACUAUUAGUGUGAGAUUUGAUGGUGAUAAAAUAUCCCCUCUUGCAGGAAUUGUGUUAUAAAUCAAAACAUUAAAUCUGCUUAUAAUGGUGAAUCCUCCUCCUUGUACCACCUCCCGUACUCCUUCUGCUUGCUGGCCUGCCAGUAUUUUUAUCUUCUUGGCAUAAGAGUCAUUGUACUUAGUGCACAUAUUUGCUCACUUUACUGUAACCAUCUCUAAAUAAAUUAUUGUGCAAAAUUCAAA